GCCCCGCCGGAGCGGCAUGGAUCGCUACCGGUACUUCGUCUUCAACCAGCGCAACAUGGUGCUGCUGGGGCUGCUGCAGGUGGCCUUCAGCACGCUGUGCGUCGUCAGCGGGUUCGUCGACGGCGUGUUCGGGGGCGAGUCGCUGCUGGGCAGAACCAGAGCGCCCGUAUGGGCUGGCAUGGUCAUGGGAGUCCCAGGCGUCCUGGCGUUGUUUUCCUCGCAGAGGAAGAACCCGGUCCUUGUGAACGUGCUGGUAGCGGCAUCUAUGCUCUCCUAUGUGUCCAUCCUCGUUGUCAUAGUUUACAGCUCCCUAACGCUGUCCUCGGGAGAAGAGGAGGAGCUGAGCUCUCACCCGGUACACGUUGUGCGUACAAAGCUUGUUCUGAAUAAAGUCGUCAAGGGUGCUAACAUCACGAUGUUAAUUGCAUCCGUCUGCAGCGCCAUUGUUCUGUUGGUCAUUGCCUACCUGGGGUGCCGAAGUCUUCCUCGCUGCUCGUGCUACGACAGCGUAACUGGGAUGGAAUGGUUGCAGCCUUGUGACGACCAGACUCAGGCUGUGGAGAUGGUUUGCGCUGUACAAAGUCCUGGGGAUGGAAUUCUUAACUUCCCGGCUCGGUUUCCAGUGCAGGACUGUGACGCGGAGGAAGAUGCAUCCAAGCCUCCGCCGUACAUCAGAAUGGAUUGAAAAAGUGACGGACUGAUCUAAUGCUGCUAGUCGAGAUGUACAGUGAGAUGGCCAAAAGGAGUUCUUCCUGUUUAAAAUCAUUUUGUGCUUUUCCUGGGCCUUUUUACAGAACACAUACAGGAGGAGAGAACUGUUGAAGGUCCAUUGGUCAGCAAAGAUCCCAGUGCAAAUGGACGGACCUGCAGAUGUUCGGGGACGUUCAGACUCUGUGUAGCUGAAAUAGCUCAUUGCCUCUUGGAAGCGUGAGCUUUUUUAUCCGGUUUUUGUACUUCACUGGUGUUUUCUUCCACUAGAAUUCAUCGUGCGGUUUGUCUAGCAGCGCUACCUGUACACAUUCAAAUAUUAAACACAAUUUAUUUUUAAAAGAAA